GUUACUGGAGAAUGAAAUGUCAUUAAUUGAUUAAGAAGAACACAAAAUUCGAAGCAAAAGUUUAGUGUAACAUCAGCAAAGUCUUGCUUCUUGAAACUUGUUAGGUUAAAUUUAUCUAAUUAUUAGUCAUCUAUCAAUUAUUAAUAUAUCUAGAUUCUUAAAUAGAAAUAGCCUUUAUACGUGGCCCGUUACUACAGCAAAAAACAAUAUGCAACGUGCUAUGUUACAAAUAAAUGGCAUACCAACUCAAGUAAUUACAGAAGGUCGUUGGGUAGAAGAAGGUCUUGCAGAGUAUGGUAAGAAAGACAUAGUACUUGUUAUUACGGGUAACCCUGGCAUUGCAGAAUUUUAUGAGGGAUUUAUAAAAACUAUAAAAUCAAGACUUCCUAGUGAAGUACCUGUUUGGGUGGUUGGAAAUGCUGGUCAUGUACAACCACCGAACAAUUUAGCAAUUACUAUGCCAAGUAAUUCAACUUGGAACGAACAUUAUAGUUUAAUGGCACAAUUAGAGCACAAGAAAGACUUCAUAAAAAAAUAUGUACCAGACGAUGCAAGACUGCAUCUUAUUGGGCAUUCAAUAGGGAGUUGGAUGAUAUUAAAUAUACUAAAAGAUGAUAUCAUUGCUAAAAAAAUAACCAAAUGUUAUCUAUUAUUUCCAACCAUAGAACAUUUAGCCACAACCACUAAUGGAUGGAUAUUCACUAAAAUUAUAUUGCGCAUUGCAUCCUUUCUCGUUCUUAUUGCUUGGACUUUUCAAUUUCUUCCACAUGUUUUAAAAAUCUUUUUUAUCAGUAUGAUAGCACUGUUAAAAGGAGUUCCUUCAAAAUACAAUAACGCGUUACUUCAAUUGGUAAAUCCUCAUGUCAUAGAAAGGAUAAUUAAAAUGGCAAAGGAAGAAAUGGAAAUAAUAAAAGAACGAGAUGACGACAUAAUUUCAAAAUAUGCAGAUAAAUUAUGGUUGUAUUAUGGCAACUGUGAUGGUUGGACACCAGUUAAAUAUUAUGAAGAUUUGAAAUCUAAGCAUUCUGAUCUCAAUGCAGAACUAUGUAAGCAUGGUUAUGAUCAUUCCUUUGUUUUGCAGUAUGACAAAGAAAUGGGAAAGCUUGUUGCCGAUGUAAUUAAUGAUAACAUAUUGUAAUCUUAAAAAA